UAACUGAUUAGAACUAGUAAAAUCAAGUGGAUAGAUUACGGUUCAUUGAAAUUAUCAAAGGCCUGAAACGGUGCCGAAACAAUUGAAAAUAGAAUUUCUAGGUCAGUCAACGAUGUCCUUGUUUCGUGCGUCAUUGGGAUAUUAGUCAUGUUCCUCUAAACACGUCUUUUGAAAACGUAUCUUGUACUUCAAUUCUUAUUCACUUUCUUCACUGCAUAAUUAGUAGUUUCUGUCAAAACUACUCACCUUCAUUUUUCCACAAGACUUAAUUCCUGAUUUAGACAAACUAAUCAAGGAUUAUAUUUUCAGUAUGACGGGGACUGACGAGAAAUUAAAGGAAGCUGCUGAAAUGGAUCACUAUCAUUUUGUGAAAACUUUAUCAGCUUUCAAGUUUUUUGGUCCACACCUUCUGAAAAGAGUUGAACGUUCACGAGCCUAUUAUCAUUCUUUGCCUUCUGAUCAUCAUAAACUUAUUCAUGAAUUUGAUGAAAACCUUAACAAGGUUGAACAAUGCAUUCUGCAUAACAGUGAUCUAAUAGCUAGCAUUAUUAAACAUUCAGCUCCAGAUAUUUUUAAUGGAGAACAUGCUUGUGAGUUGAAUGGUACAAUUGCAUCAUCGAAUGGAACAGAUUUAAAGAACAACCAUACAGCCGGAUGCAGGGAAAAAAUUGGUCCUUUUGCAUUUACAAAUACAGAAAUGGAUAAAGUUCGAUCCGCUUUAAAACAAUUUGUAAGAGAUUGGUCAGUUGAAGGGAAACCAGAACGUGAUAUCUGUUAUCAAUAUGUACUUAAUGAUGUUCUUGAACUAUUUAAUCCAAAGAAAACAAACCCGGCAAAUGUACACAUCCUUGUCCCAGGCGCUGGACUUGGUCGAUUGGCUUGGGAACUUGCUCAUCUUGGCUAUACAUGCCAAGGUAAUGAAUGGAGCUUGUACAUGCUUAUUCCAGCUUUUUUCAUUCUAAACACAUGUAAACAAAUGAAUGAAUAUAAAUUAUAUCCAUGGAUUGGUCAAUUUUGUAAUAAUAUGUCACGUGAAGAUCAAUUAACUCCAGUUCAUUUCCCUGAUGUUUGUCCGACAGAUUUACCUGCUAAUGUUCAAUUUUCUAUGGCAGCUGGUGAUUUUGUUGAAAUUUAUACGGAGCCAAAUACAUGGGAUUGUAUAGCUACAGUGUUUUUUAUUGAUACUGCACAUAAUAUUUUAAAUUAUUUGGAUACAAUAUGGCGUAUACUUAAACCUGGCGGUUAUUGGAUUAAUUUUGGUCCAUUGUUAUAUCAUUUCUCGGAUAUACCCGGUGAAGAUUCGUUAGAAUUAAGUUAUGCUGAACUUCGUUUAGCUAUUACACGAUUAGGUUUUGAAAUUAUGCGUGAAAAAACUGGCAUUCAGUGCGGUUAUACACAAAAUCCAUCAUCCAUGCUCUCUUAUAAUUAUAAUUGUGUUUACGGUCUAUUUCGGAAACCGUUGACUACAGCGCCAACCACACCGCCGUCGCCGUCAAUAUCAUCACCGAUCAAUGAUGCCACAACCACAACAACAUUGCCGGAACAAACAUCCAUGUUGAACAACCAUACCGAUGCCAUGACCACUAGCGCCACCACGACCACAACUAAUCCAUCUAACAUUGACAUGGAAUAAUAGUUGAGAUUACAUAAUAAUAAUAAUCUACACACUGUGGUUCAUUUUUUCAUUCAAAAAAAAGAAAAGCCUUGUUCAUAUUUUGUAUCAACCAAUCAAUCAACGGAAACUAUUUGUAAAAUUUGGUUUUUUUUUCCUUAUUUAUUCAAAAGAAAAAAAUCAAUAAUUCAUUCGAUUUGAUUAUUUUUUUUUCUAGAUUCAUCCGGUUCAUGUAUUUGUUGUUGGUGUUUUUUUUCCCAUUUUUAAACAAACAAAGAUUUAAACAAAUUUUCUCUCAAAAUUUCUUUUAAAAUACAGUUUUUAAUGCCAAAAA